GGUUCGGUACCUCGGCUAGCUUGGAUAUCAACAGGGUCGCGGAGCAUUGCAAGACUUGAUCCUGCCCUUCUGUCGCGCCCUCGUCAAUGGCCAGCUCAGGGUCAAGCACACUACAAGAUGUGUGGUCCUACAUCGUCUCCCCUUCGCCGAGUGCCGCCUUUGCCAGAUCAGUAGCCACAGCAGCACUUGCAGGUGGCAUCACUUUCUACGCCUUCAGGGGGCCGCCAAAGAUUGACCCUCCCCCGCCAUCGGACCCGCCUGCUACUACGGCUACCACCUCUUCGUCUCCUAGCUCGGCGCCACAAAGACAGCGCAAAGCGCUUGCUUCUAGUGAUGGUCGCGAAUCAUCUACAGAGUCGGAUACGGAAGGAGAGUCGAAGAGAGUCCGGUUUGAGCUCAUGGAUAAGGCUGGAGGUUUGCUGAACAGGCCCAUCCCAGUCGCCGUCUUCUGGGAUGUCGAUAAUUGCUCUCCACCAACUGGAUCAUCGGGGCGCCACCUUGCGCAUUCUAUCCGCAAGCACAUCACCAGCAUUGAGACGGGUACGGGCCCGGAAAAGGAGGCCCUAGGCCCCUCUGGACCUAUCCUCAGCUUCAAGGCGUACCUCGAAUUGAGCUCAGCGGAAGGCGUCAGCCCUGCUCAGGUCACUUUGCGAAGCGAGUUGCAGGGUAGCGGAGUCAGCCUGAUUGACACCCCCAAAAGCGGACGAAAAGAUGUAGCAGACAAGAUGAUCAUCGCCGAUCUGAUGGCGUUUGCUCUAGAUGUACCGCCUCCCGCCAGGAUUGUACUUAUUUCCGGGGACCGAGAUUUCGCCUACCCACUGUCUCUCAUUCGUGGUCGAGGUUAUCAGAUUGUGCUCUUCACGCCUCCGGUAGGCGCUGUGCCAAUCCUGGAAGCUUCGGCCAACUACGUAGCUAGAUGGAGGCAAGAUGUGCUGGGAAUGGAGAGGGACGGCUUUGGCAGGCUCUAUGCCUCCUCUACCCCAAGUAAGCCACUUCCCAGGAGCUCGAGUCCCAGUCGUCAUGGGCGAGCUACCCCAGCAAAGUCGUCCACCAGCAGCACGACUGCUGCAUCCUCCAACGCUUCGACGACUACACCCUCUCGUCCUACCACGCCCACGCCCCAGCCGACCCCGUCGCAGCCAGCCGUACAAGCUCAGACAGCAGCAUUGUCUGGUCCGGGUGCCGGACCUGUGCCAGGUGUCUUUGCGCCACUAGUGCAAGCCUUGGAAGAGUUCAAGAAGGAGGGUCAGCCACGCCCUCUUCGCAGCAGAGUUGCUCUGCGCCUAACUUCAAUCGAUAAGGACGUGUAUGAGAAGGCUGGUGCUAGCUCUUUCCGAGACUACGCGGCUGUAGCGAUUGCAGCUGGCAUCGUUAUGUUGGGCAGCAAUGGCAACCCGGGUACCGAAUGGAUCUCUCUGCGUUCUCUGGACCCUGCCAGCUUCGCCGCCCCAGCUACACCUGGCAAGCCUAGUGCGACUUCUGCUGCUCCUUCGACCCCGGUUUCGUCUUCUGUGUCGCAGGCCAAAGCCGUGCUUGUCGAAAGCCUUCAGGAGGAGGAUGGGUCUGAGGGCCCUGACAAUUAUGCACCUUCGCCAGCCUUCGAGCCGCUCCUUCAUGCCAUACUGGCAGCCGAGUCUGCGUCACAGCGAUCGCCUCCCUAUGCAAGUGCAGUAGGGCAGCAGCUAGACAGCAUGAUCAGGGCGACUCCCGCUGGUCAAUCAGAUCCUUUCGCAAUGGCUGGUACCAGGACUUUUGGCGGGUACAUCAACGCUGCCUUCAAGUCCCGUGUCGCCAAAUUAGUGCCUACGGAGAAGCAAGGCGUGGCAGCUUUGGAGGUCAUGCCCGUCUAUCAGUCGUAUAUGGCGAAGCUGAGGCGGAACCGGACAACCUCACCACAGAGUACUCCAGCGACUGCAGCGCCUGCCUCAACACCAGCACCCGCAUAUCAGCCUGCUAGGUCUACUCCUAUCAGACCGACGUCUCCCAUCAAGUGUCCCUCGUCUCCCACUUUCAAGAAGGGAAGCUUUUUCCCAAGUCUAUUCCGAAGCAAAAGUGACACUGGUUCCGAUCAGUCCACGCCCAACGGCAAGAAAUCAGUCUGGGAUGUACCCGGACUGAUUCUGCCCCAUCAACCCUCUGGCACAAAGAUUGCUGCUGUAUACUUUCCUCUUGCGAACGCUCUCUUGUAUCAGCGAGAGCGUGGUCAGUUUUACAUGACUGACGAGGCACUGCAUGUCAUUGUGUCCAAGCAUAAGGGCAUGGGAGAUCGUCUGAAAGAUUCAAAAGUCUUUUCUCGCUACCUCGAUGCUGCGCAGGAAGCAGGCAUCUGCACCCUGGAGGAUGGCUUCAAGGCCGGUAUGAGACACGUGAGACUGACUCCCCAACUAUGCGACCCCAAGGAGCACGACCCUGCGAAUGCCUCCAACAAGAGGGAGACUUUGCCUCCAGCAGGUGACGAUCCUUGGGAUGACGACUACGAGCCGAACCAUUCCACUCCUCUACCCAAGAGAGCAACAGCCAGCGGAGAAGCUGCUACAGCCGCUGGGAGCAAGGCUUCUCAGGAGCAGGACACUUCUGCUGCGUCUCUUUCCUCAAAUUUGCCUCCUGCGGGCAACGACCCUUCGGCGUCAGUAUCGGAGUCAGCCGGCCCAGUCGAUGGGUCUAGCAAGGCUGAGCCGAAGACCACCAGCUCCACCACAGGAGCUGCGACCAACAAGCCCGCCGCAACAGGCAAGGCGACUCUGACUCCCACUGUACAAGAUCGGAUCCGCUUCAAGCCCCUGAUGGACAUCAUGCUCGCCCUUCGCAAAGAGAAUCCACCCAUCGUAGCGCCUCGCAGAUCCUACGUGAACGAUCUCCUCGCCAAGCGCCAUGGCAUUCCCGUCAAUCCCCUGCACAACCCGAGCAGCAGCAGCAGCACCGCCAACGGUGCCGGCUUGAGUCUCCUCACCACUACCACGGCGGGCAAGACGACGACGCUGGACCUCACUGCCUUUUUCCGAGAUCGUGGCGCAACGGCUCUGGGCGAUUAUACCCGCCAAGCAGAGCAGUAUGGCUUUAUCCACUGUGAGAGGGAGACGCGUGCGGAUGGAGAAUUGGGAAAGAGACGCUUGAGACUUACGGAGAAGUAUGAGCAGUUGCUUGCUCAGGGUAGUAGUGGAAGUGGAGGAGGAGGAGCAACAGCAACAGCAACAGCGACGGUGAGGAGUGGAAGUGGUGGUGGGGCCAGUGGCUCUACCAGUGGAGGCAGCACAAAGGGCUGAAGCGAUCAGAUCCCCCGAGAUUACUCAGGCGUGAUGUGAUUGAAGAAGAAAGAAACAGGCAAAGUGAGAGCAGGCGAGGUAGCUCCUAGAUAGCCCUGCCUUGUCACUGACGACGACGACGAGAGAAGCAUGUACGGUCACCUGACACUCAUCUCAUCAAAUAACAUCAACAAGAGAACCAAUGCACAUUCCUUCCU